GAAACGGCAAAAACAGAGGAAAAGGUGAAGACUUUAUAAGACGAAACGGUGCCGUUGUAGAGAGAGUGUGAAGUGAGAGAGAUGCGUAGAUUCUCUAACAUCCUCAGCAAACGCUGUGUUCUCUUACCAUCGUCUCAAGCAAAUUCUCGAAUUGAUCUCAUUUGCAAAAGGUUUCACAUUUCCAGAGUUCUUAAUAACGAUUUCGUGGAAUCAACAGAGAGAAAGGAGAAUGGGGUUGGUUUAGUUGGUUCAGAAGAUGAAUUCGCCGGUGACGUCGAGAAGAUAUACAGGAUUUUGCGGAAUCAUCAUUCUAGGGUUCCGAAGUUGGAGCUUGCUCUUAACGAAUCCGGUAUUGAUCUGCGACCCGGGUUAAUAGUACAAGUGUUGAGUAGGUGUGGUGAUGCUGGGAAUUUGGGUUAUAGAUUCUUUCUCUGGGCAGCGAAGCAGCCUGGUUACUCUCACAGCUACGAAGUGUGUAAAUCGAUGGUGAAGGUUCUUAGUAAAAUGCGGCAAUUUGGAGCUGUUUGGGGUUUAAUUGAAGAGAUGAGGAAAGAGAAUCCGGAGUUGAUUGAGCCGGAGUUGUUCGUUAUUCUGUUGCGGAGGUUUGCUUCUGCUAACAUGGUGAAGAAAGCAGUUGAGGUGCUCGACGAAAUGCCUAAGUAUGGGUUAGAGCCUGACGAGUAUGUGUUUGGGUGUUUGUUAGAUGCUUUGUGUAAGAACGGUAGUGUUAAGGAUGCUUCAAAGCUUUUGGAGGAUAUGAGUGAGAAGUUUCCUCCGAAUUUGAGGUAUUUUACUUCGUUGUUGUAUGGUUGGUGUAGGGAAGGGAAGUUGAUUGAAGCUAAAGAAGUUUUGGUUCAGAUGAAGGAAGCAGGGCUUGAGCCUGACAUUGUUGUUUUCACUAACUUGCUUAGUGGAUAUGCUCAUGCUGGCAAAAUGACGGAUGCUUAUGAUCUUAUGAAGGAUAUGAGAAAGAGAGGGUAUGAGCCGAAUGCGAAUUGUUACACGGUUUUGAUCCAGGCGUUGUGUAAGACGGAGAAGAGGAUGGAUGAGGCGAUGAGGGUUUUUGUUGAGAUGGAAAGGUAUGGGUGUGAGGCUGAUCUCGUGACUUAUACUGCGCUGAUAAGUGGGUUUUGCAAAUGGGAGAUGAUCGAUAAGGGUUAUAGUGUUUUGGACGAUAUGAGAAAGAAAGGAGUCAUGCCAUCGCAAGUAACGUAUAUGCAGAUAAUGGUGGCUCAUGAGAAGAAGGAACAAUUUGAAGAGUGUUUGGAUUUGAUUGAGAAGAUGAAGCAAGUAGGUUGUCAUCCUGAUCUUCUCAUUUACAAUGUAGUGAUCAGGUUAGCUUGUAAGUUAGGGGAGGUGAAAGAAGCGGUUAGGUUAUGGAAUGAAAUGGAAGCUGAUGGUUUACGCCCUGGAGUUGAUACAUUUGUUAUUAUGAUUAAUGGAUUUACAAGCCAAGGUUGUCUAAUCGAAGCAUGCGAUCACUUCAAAGAAAUGGUAAGCCGAGGAAUAUUCUCUGCGCCUCAAUAUGGAAUUCUGAAGUCAUUGCUGAAUAACCUUGUUAGAGAUGAUAAGCUUGAAAUGGCGAAAGAUGUUUGGAGUUGCAUAUCAAACAAAAGCUCUUCUUGUGAGCUUAAUGUAGCAGCUUGGACAAUAUGGAUCCAUGCUUUGCUCGCAAAAGGUCACGUGAAGGAGGCGUGUUCGUAUUGUUUGAAUAUGAUGGAGAUGGAUUUAAUGCCGCAACCUGAUACUUAUGCGAAACUUAUGAAAGGAUUGAAUAAACUGUACAAUAGGACGAUCGCUGCAGAUAUCACAGAGAAGGUGAUGAAGAUGGCAAGUGAGAGAGAUAUGAGUUUUAAGAUGUAUAAGAACAGAGGUGAGGAGAUUUUGAUUGAGAAAGCUAAACCUAAAGGGAAUAAAGAAGGGAAGAAGAACGGGACAACUCAUCAUAGGCUUAAGGGAGGAGGUGAACGAAGUAAAGCUAAAGUAUUGUAACGUUAUAACCUAGAGUUUCCAAAAGAAGCAACUUUAGAUUUCUAGUUAAAUCAAAACGUUCAUGCUUUUGCUUUGUUUCAUUACAUAGUUCGAUCUCUUUGUUCUCUUUGCUAAGAAUAAACAUGUAGUUGCAUUCAUUUGAUCUCUUGAACUUGACUAAGAUCGAAAGUGGCACUGUUGUUAUUC